CUCUCUCUCUCUCUCUCUCUCUCUCUCUCUCUCUCGGUGUACUGGUCUAUGAAUUGAAAGGAGAAAUCGAUUGAAGGCAAUCUUGAAUUGGGACGCAAUGGAAUCUGAGAGAAGAAGCAGUGGUGGUAGUCGAAAGUCAGUAAGGAGAAAACCCUUAUCGGACCUCUCGAAUUUCAACCUCAUCCCCGCCUACAGCCUUCGCAAUCUCUGCUCCUCCUCAUCAGCACAGAAACCGUCAUCAUCUUCAUCUUCUACCCUCUUCUCCAAACCCCCAAAUCCAAUUCCAGUUCCAGUUCCUAAUGCGAUUUCGAAACCAAAACGAAAUUCAGAAACCUAUAAUUCAUUGACUAACAAAAACACCAAAGCAAACACUACAAAUUCCCCUAAUUCCAACACUAGCGUCGGAUCAUCCAAUUUGAACAACCAUUUCAAUGCUCCAAACCCUAGCGGAACAGUUCAACAAUCCCGCCCUUCCACUCCUCCAAUUCCGCUAGCUACAAAAUCCGUCGUUGCUGGUAAUGCAGAUGAUGAGAUACUUGAGCCUCUAAUAGUUUAUAAUCGAAGAUGGUCUGUGGAGAAAACUGUGAAUAGAGAAAUGUCAGAUGCUGUGCCCUUCAGUUUGGCUUCUCUGGUUGAAACGAAGGACAAAAGUAGAAUGAUUGUGCCUGUGGAGAAUACAGAGGAUAUAUUGAUGGUGGCUGAUAUGAAUUUGAGUAAUAUUCCUCUUAGGAAAGAAAAGGAUAAAGGCAGAGUGAUUGCAGUGCCCUCUUCUCUGGAGAAAACGAAGGGUAAAAGGAAGCCGGUUUCUGGGGCUUCCACAUGUCCUCCUCUGGCAAGAAGGACCAGAAACAUUAGGAAUGGACUAAGCAAAGCUGGAGAUAUUGAGUCAUUGAAGUCGCGCACAGAUCCUCAUGCAAAGCAUAAAAAGAAGAGGUGUUGUGCAUCCCAGGAGCAAAAAGAUGCCUUGCCCCAAGAUUUUAUUGAUGAGCAGAGAUCUUAUUUUAAAGAGAUUGAUGAGUUCGAAUUACCUGAGGAGGAGGUAUCGUAUGAUGAGUUUCAAAAAGAAGAGAAAGCCUAACAUUUAGGUCAGAAAGGAGGAACAUCCUAACCUACUGAUGUCUUGUGUAAAGUAACAAUUACUUAACUCAAAAAUUCUGUUGAAAUACCUACCAACCUACGAAUUUUAUGGGCAUUAACCCUUUGUAAUUGUACAUUGGUGUUAUAAUCCCACCGUACAUAUGAUAGGUUAUUCCUGGAGAAGAAUAUUGUAACAUAGAUCA